CGGAGCGCGGACGGCAGCGGCAGGAGGGAGCCCCGCGCCCAGCUUAAAGAUGGAUUCUUCCAAAGAACCUGAGCCUACAGGAGAAUUCAAGUGUCAGCUGUGUGGCUUAACAGCUCCAUACACGUACUAUGGGCAGAAGCCACCAAACACACACUCUAUUGUGAUUUUGGAAGACAGUUAUGUCAUGAAGGACCCUUUCACCCCUGACAAGGAAAAAUUCCUCAUCCUUGGGUCUCUGUGCAGUUUGUGUAGAAGAACAGUGUGUGUUGGUGCACACGCUAGUUUUGUGGCUGAAAGAGACUUGGAACUCAUGCAGUGGUCAGGAUGCAUGGAUGAGUCAACCCAGGAGGAAAUGUCACCUGAUCAUUUAAAUGGACUACAGCAUGUAUUUGUUCAACCAGAUGCCACUGCCCUAAGAGCAGCCAAAUCCUGGCCUUUCUUCCAAGGUGGUCAUUCCUUAUCUCGGAGCAAUGUGCUUAAAUCUGGAGUGCAGCUAAUAGCAUGUAUCUGAGCACCUUAAUCUUAAGUGUCAGCUUCAGCAGUUUUCAAAUUCAACCUUUUCAGCCCUUUCUUUGUUUGCUUUUUCAAGGGGCUAGCUUCAGUGACACGAUUCUUGCCAAAAGUAGCUAGUAAUGUGAGUUUAAAAACAAAAAGCCAGCCAAACGAAGAGAAAAAAAUAAAAGACAUGCACUUUGUAAAGGUGUGGAAUUUUUUUUCUCAUGUUGUUUGGUGGCCAGAUAUAUUUCUGGUAGGACAAAGCAACGCUGGUGGCAUCCUCAGAGCAGGAAGUGAGAUAAUGUGGGCAGCUGAGGCAGUUCAUAUGCCAAUGCCAGACUAUUUCUGUGUUGGAACUGAGGAAAUUCUCCUAAGUUAAAAAUAAAGGUCAAAUUAUGCUCACAAAAUUUAGAGGGUUGGAGAAACACAGUUGAAAGAAAAUUGAGACUCUUGGACAAGUUUAAGUGUUAUUCUGAUUUGCAGGGAAUUAUUACUGAGCAUGAAUUUAUUACACUGCUAUAGGAGGAGUGCGAAAUUAGCACUUUUCUCCUGAUUAUGUUUGUUUACCAUUUUUGAAGUCUGUUCUGUCAUGUCAAUGAAAGAAAAUCAAAAAAAAGAUUAGUGUUUGCAACUGAGAUUUGUUUUUCUUUCUGGAACUAUCUGAGGAUUCCUGUGGGAAUCAGAUGAAGCCCAAGUGCUGGACUCGAGUUUGUAGAGCCAAGUAGCUUAAGGCAGUUGUGUAGUUGUGUGCAUGUACACAGUGUGAAGGUAAAGCUGACAUGUGAGCAAGGUCCUCCUUGUGACAGUGAACAUCCCUGUCUGGGCUGGUGGUUGCCUCACUCACACACAAACAGCCAAAUUAAUAGUGAGCAUAUAGGCAAGUGCAGAUCACAUAGUUAGGGGUAACGAGCUUGAUUCUUGCCCUAGCAAGUCAGGUUUACCCCUCCUAUGUAGAGGCACAGGAUUAGUAACUCAGGCACACUUUGGGCAAACUGGAGCUCUUUUUGCUAUUUGCAUUCACAAUUUAAGUAUGUUGAAUUUAUGAAGAAUUCAACAGAUAUUUUCAAGGCUGGCAAUUAAACCUAUCAGAAAUAUUGAGGUUCAGCCUCUCAGUGUCCUUCCAUAUAGUCUUCCUCUUCUGAAUGCAGGCGUGUUUUUUUAUUUUGAAAGAUUUAGUAACAGUUUCAGUUAAUCUAGAGCAUGGCAGUAUAGAAGACAUUAGCUGUGAACUAGUAAAAGCUUCUUUUAAAGCUUUUUGCAUUCCUGCCUAUUUUAGCUGUUGUGUAAAUACGUCAGGCAUUUACUUUUUGUUAUCUGAGUCUUCAGGUUUCCCCUAAUGGUAUCACUCAAAGGAAAACCUUAAUCAUAAAUUAUUGAAAAUAAAUUCCUUACCAAACUGGCCAGGCCAGAUAGUGAAUCAUGCAUACAACUGUGGUUUCCAAAUCUAUUUAGCAAUGCUGCUUAGGUAACAUUGAAAGAGAUCUGCAGAAAUGAUAAUUAAUGCUUUAAACACCCACACCAAAGUAGGUAAAUACAUACUAUUCCUCUUUCAUGUAGGGAAGAUUAGAGUGUAGGGAGUUAAAAACUUAUCCAAGGCAAUAGAGAGAGCCAAAGUUAUGAUAAUAUCUCUGUGGGUUGUUUCUGAUUCCUGCUAUUGCUUGACCCAAGUACAUCAGCUGAGCCUUGUGCUGUUUCCAUGAUGUUAUAACGUGGGAAUCGAAAGUAAGAAAAUCAUAUUUUCUUGAUCAUCAUUUGCAAAGAGGUUGGAGCAAUAUGACGGAAAGCUUUCAGUGACAGGUUGCUAACAUUUCUCUACUAACUCAAAAUAUAGUACCAGACUAACGUGUAGUAAAAAUAAGACUUUUCUGACCCUAGGUUUGGCAAAGGGAUUGGAUUUAAUUUGCUAGCUUUUGUAUCUAAGAAUCAGAUUUUAGGCUUUUCUUGAGACACUCCAUGCUAGCUGAAGGGUCUUUACAGCUGCUGUGCCAAGGAAAGUCAUGAUUUAUGUUCUAUAUGAUGUUCAUAAGCUCACGUCUUCAGAUAGUCUCUGAAGUCUCGCUAUGUUAAUUUUACAGUCAAUUUGCAUUGUACUCACCCUAAUGAACCAGUCUUUAGCACGUUAUUGAUAAGUACACUUGGUACAACUGGAAGUAAUUCUAAUGAUUGUCUUAAAAUGUGCCAAAAAAAAAAAAUAAAAAAAAAACAAAACCCCCAAACCACUGUAAAAAGUAGGAUAAUAAAAAUAUUUUUAAAAGUC